CAGAUCCUGGGGAGUCCAGAGUUCCCUCUGCUGUCUAAAGAGGGAGAUGUCAUGAUCGGGGGAGCCUUUUCCAUCCAUAGCAAAAUCACACAACCACCACUUUCCUCCACAGAGAAACCAACACGUCUCACAUGUUCCAGUGUCAACCUCAGGGAGUUUCGAUUUGCCCAGACCAUGAUCUUUGCUAUCGAAGAAAUAAACAAAAGUGAAUUUCUUCUUCCUAAUGUUUCAAUCGGAUACCGUAUUUAUGACAACUGUGGCUCAACAUUAUCCUCAAUGCGAGCAGUAAUGGCCCUGAUGAAUGGUGAUGAGUGGACUGUGGGAAAGAGCUGCUCUGGUCAAUCAGCUGUUCAUGCUAUUAUCGGGGAGUCUGAAUCCUCUUCGACCAUUGUUUUGUCACGCUCUACUGGACCAUUCAAAAUACCAGUGAUAAGUCAUUCAGCUACUUGUGAGUGUUUGAGCAACAGGAAAGAGUAUCCCUCUUUCUUUCGAACCAUUGCCAGCGACCUCUACCAAAGCCGAGCGCUCGCCCAGCUGGUCAAGCACUUUGGCUGGACCUGGGUCGGUGCAAUCAACAGCGACAGUGACUAUGGCAACAAUGGUAUGGCCAUCUUCCUUGCUGCAGCCAAGGAGGAAGGAGUGUGUGUGGAGUAUACAGUUAAAUUUUACAGGGAAGAACCAGAAAAGCUCAUGAAAGUGGUAGAAGUGAUCCGAAAGAGCACUGCCCGUGUCAUUGUUGGUUUCCUGGCCCACGUAGAGAUGAACAACCUUCUAGAACAGUUGAUUCUGCACAACAUCACAGGCCUGCAGUUUAUUGGUGUGGAGGCGUGGAUCACUGCUAACAGCCUUGUGACUCCCACCAGCUUUAGUGUGCUGGGAGGGUCAUUGGGUUUUGCUGUGCAAAAGGCCAAUAUCAGUGGCCUGGAUGAUUAUUUAAUUAAAGAUUUCUGGGAGACAGAGUUAAAGUGCAAGGAGACAACAUCAUGCAAAGAAAACCAAGAUCUAAUUGAGCUUAAAGAUUAUCAUGAUGAUGUGGCAGAGCUGAGAUACUCCAGUAACAUCUACAAAGCUAUCUAUGCUGUGGCCCAUUCUCUGCACAGCAUCCUAAAGUGCUCCAAAAGUCGGGAGUGUGACAACACUGUAAAGGUUACUCCCUUGCAGGUAGUUGAGUCUUUGAAGCAGGUGAAUUUUACCAUUAAGAAUGGGGACCAGGUGUGGUUUGAUAGCACUGGAGCAGCUGUUGCUCGGUAUGAGGUGGUGAACUGGCAGCGUGGAUCAGAUGACUCAGUCCAGUUCAAACCUGUCGGGUAUUAUGACGCCUCCUUACCUCCUGGACAGAAGUUUGUGCUCAAGACUGAAGCCAUUAUGUGGCCUGGAGGGAAGAAAGAGUUGCCUGUGUCAGUGUGCAGUGAGAGCUGUCAUCCAGGAACUUUUAAAGUCCUUCAGAAAGGAAAGCCAGUCUGCUGCUAUGACUGUAUAACAUGUGCAGAGGGGGAAAUCAGCAACAGCACAGAUUCUAAUGACUGCAAAAAGUGUCCUGAAGAGUAUUGGUCCAAUGAAAACAGAGAUGCAUGUGUACUAAAAAAUGUUGAGUUCCUCUACUUCACUGAGGUUAUGGGAAUAAUACUUGUAUUUUUCACUUUGUUUGGUGUGCUCCUUACUUUAAUUGUGGCUACUCUAUUCUUGAUCAAUAAGGACACUCCCUUGGUAAAGGCCAACAACUCUGAGCUGAGCUUCCUGCUGCUCUUCUCCUUGACUCUGUGUUUCUUGUGUUCUCUGACCUUCAUAGCCCGGCCUUCUGAGUGGUCCUGCAUGCUGCGACACACAGCAUUCGGCAUCACUUUUGUCCUCUGUAUCUCUUGUGUUCUGGGCAAAACUAUAGUGGUGUUGAUGGCCUUCAGGGCCACACUUCCAGGUAGUAGUGUGAUGAAAUGGUUCGGGCCUGCACAGCAGAGGCUCAGCGUCCUGGGUUUCACUCUGAUACAGGUUUUAAUCUGCAUACUUUGGCUGACAAUCAACCCUCCUUUCCCCUUGAAGAAUAUGAUCCACUAUAAGGAGAAGAUUAUUCUUGAGUGCGCUCUGGGAUCACCUGUAGGGUUCUGGGCCGUGUUAGGAUAUAUAGGACUUCUAGCUUUAUUAUGUUUUGUUCUCGCUUUUUUGGCUAGAAAGCUGCCUGACAAUUUUAAUGAAGCUAAAUUUAUCACAUUUAGCAUGCUGAUAUUCUGUGCAGUCUGGAUCACCUUUAUCCCUGCAUAUGUCAGCUCUCCUGGGAAGUUCACUGUAGCUGUGGAGAUAUUUGCUAUUUUAGCAUCCAGUUAUGGGCUACUGCUCUGUAUAUUUGCACCAAAAUGUUUUAUUAUUGUACUCAAACCUGAACUGAACACCAAAAAACAUCUGAUGGGGAAAACCGGUUAA